AUGAUCAAAAAAGGCUUCAUGGCGCCCGAUCAAAACAUUAGUAGGGACGUGCAAUGCGCGACGUGCGUGAUGCCCUCGCUCGUCGUGUUCAUACUGCUGACAGUGCUGGACUUAUGUGUGCCGUUGUACCACGAUCAGUUCGCCCUCCAUAUACCAGAUGGGUCAAGUUAUGCGGACGACCUGGCCCACAGACAUGGUUUCAUUAACCACGGACAGAUUGGAAACUUAAAGAACUUUUUUCUUUUUUCACACCCUCUUAUUAGUAAGAGGUCCCUCAAUGCGAGUACCGAUUAUGUGCAUCGCUUAAAAAAUGAUCCACAGGUAAGAUGGGUGAUGCAGCAGCGAGAGUUAAAGAGGAGAAAAAGGGACCACCAAUGGAAACCGCGGCAUGUGGCGAGGCAAUCCAUUGCACCGUCUUUCCCUGAUCCAUUGUUCAAAGAACAAUGGUAUUUGAACGGUGGAGCUGCGGGUGGAUUAGACAUGAAUGUAGGUUACGCUUGGAGAAAAGGAUAUACAGGGAAGGGAGUCGUUAUUACAAUUCUAGAUGACGGCAUACAGCCUAAUCAUCCGGAUUUAAUACAAAAUUAUGAUCCUGCUGCGUCAACUGACAUAAACGGGAAUGAUACAGACCCAACACCUCAAGAUAAUGGGGACAAUAAACACGGUACUCGCUGUGCUGGCGAAGUGGCAGCAGUUGCUUACAACAAAUAUUGUGGCGUUGGCAUAGCGUACAACGCUAGUAUUGGCGGCGUUCGAAUGUUGGAUGGUUUAGUAAACGAUGCAGUUGAAGCUCAGGCUUUGGGUUUUAACACUCACCAUAUAGAUAUUUAUAGCGCAUCGUGGGGACCUGAGGAUGAUGGAAAAACUGUUGACGGCCCUGGUCCUUUAGCGAGAAGGGCGUUCAUUAAUGGCGUAACAAAUGGGAGAGGUGGUAAAGGGUCUAUUUUUAUAUGGGCCUCAGGCAAUGGUGGGAGGCACACUGAUUCAUGCAACUGUGAUGGUUAUGCUAAUAGUAUAUUCACGAUAUCCAUAUCGAGUGCUACUCAAGAAGAAGUAACAGUAACAAUAUUCCGUCAGCACAAAGAAAAAACGUACUCGCCGAUGCUAAUGACAAACAAGUACAAAGAAUGUGUGACCCAGAAUGUGAUUCUCAAGGAUGCUAUGGAAAGGGACCAACACAAUGCGUUGCAUACAAUCAGAAAAGAGAAUGUUUACCGUGUCCUUUGGGAUGUGCUGUAUGCUCAUAUACUCUGUGUUCACUGUGUAAAGAGGAAUGGACCCUUACGAAGGGUGGAAAGUGUGUUCCCGAUGGUAGUAAUAAAUGUGAUACUAGCGAAUACUUUGAGGCAGGCCGUUGCAAAAACUGCCACUCCACUUGUGAGAAAUGUAGCGGGCCUAAUGAGUGGGACUGUUUAUCUUGCUCAAGCCCAUUAUUAUUGCAGGGCUCGAGGUGCGUCGCAGAAUGUGGCGCUGGGUGCAUUGAGAUUGCAGUCGGGCACGUGUCGAGAGAUUUGUGCACCUGGAUACUAUCCCGAUGAUGGAAUAUGCUCGAAAUGCUAUCUAUCCUGCCAGACGUGCACAGGUCCCAGGAGAGAUCAGUGCGCUUCUUGUCCACCUGACUGGCGACUGGCGGCUGGCGAGUGCAGGCCGGAGUGUCCGCAAAAUUUCUUCACAUGGGGUGACAGCUGCCGACGGUGUCACCAUUACUGUCAGGACUGCCACGGGGCAGGACCGCAGCGAUGUACUUCGUGCCCUCAACACUUUUCCUUGGAAAAUGGCCUAUGUAUAGAAUGCCUUAGCUCUCAAUAUUACGAGCCAAUGUCUAGAACUUGCCGCCAGUGUCACGAGUCUUGCAGAUCAUGUUCAGGACCUGGGCCUACUAAUUGUGUUACAUGCGCGCAUCCACUACGAUUGGAUAGGGUGAACCAUAAAUGUUUACCUUGCUGCAUGGAAAAUGUAUCUUCAAUGUUCCUUAUACCAAAUCUGACCAAUGACUGUUGUCAUUGUGAUAAAGACGUGGGCGGCUGCUUAAAUGGAUCAUCGGCUGGUAAGCGACGCAUUGCUGAAAACGUUCGCACGCAUUUGACUGCGUCAUUUUUCGUUGACGACGGGAAGGAUCCACCUAAAAUUUUACAGUUAGAUCGCAAUCUAUUGAUCGCAUGGUGUGUUGGUGCUGUAGUAGGUCUUAUCGUUGCUACGGUGCUUGUUUUAAUGUUAAGAUCAAAGAAAAAGAAACAUCUUAGAUUGUAUCCGAGGACGUUAUAUUCACAACUCACCACCGUCGAUGACGACCUGGUGAGGCUGGCGACUUCUACCACCAAACUAAAAGUGAUGCCAGCCGAAAAUGUCGAAAUGACUAGCACGACGGAAGAGCCAACA